AACAUAAUUAUUAAAAGACACUAACAAUAUAUAUCUUUAAUAAUUUUUAGUUUCAAGUAGUUACGGUAUUAAAAACCACGGUUUAUCACAAUGGUAAAAUACUUUUCAUGCAUGUAUUUUUGAACACAACUGUACAAAUAGGAAAAACAUAAUAUGGCCGCAACCCGGCGGGAAUAACGACGCGAGCGCCGUGUCAUUUUAGUGGGCCGAAACCACACCUAUAAUCUGAAGAUUUAUAUCAUACUAUGAUGGCACGCAGCCGUAAAGAUAGCACGGGUAAAAGUGACUCUGAAGUCACAGAUAAAGAAAAUAAGAGGGAAAGAGGUAGAGAAAGGGAUAGAAAAAAGCGGGCUGCCUCAACGUCUAGCAGUGGCAGUAGUUCUUCUGAUAGUAGCUCAGGAUCAUCGUCCACAAGCAGUGGAAGCAGUUCCAGAUCAAGCUCUACUUCAAGUACUACCUCUACCAGUUCAGCAAGUUCUUCUGGAAGUUCUAGGGAUAGGGGAAGAAAAAGAAGCAGAAGCAAGAGUGUAGAUGCUUCGCGUAGACAUGAUAAUAAAGAAAAAGAAAGGGAAAAGGAAAGAGAAAGAGAAAGGGAUAGAGACAGGGACAGAGACAGGGACAGAGAAAAAGAUAAAAAGAAGAGCAGUAAUUCUGUAAUUGAUAAACCGAAACCCAAAGGACGCUCUAGAUCACCUUCACCACGUAGAAAACGUAGGGAAAGAUCACCAAUUCCUAGACCAACAAAAAUACAUAUUGGACAUUUAACCCGUAAUGUUACUAAAGAACAUAUUAUGGAAAUCUUUUCUACAUAUGGUCAGAUAAAAAUGGUCGAUUUUGCAAUGGAUAAGCUUCAUCCCAAUCAAGGACGAGGCUUUGCUUAUGUGGAGUUUGAAACAGCAGAUGAAGCUGAGAACGCAAUGAAACACAUGGAUGGUGGACAAAUAGACGGUCAGGAAAUUACUGCUGCCCCAGUAUUAUUACCAAAACCACGACCGUUACCGAUGCGGAGGAUGUCACCUUUAAUGGGAAGAAGAGCGCCUCCCCGAUGGGGUGGUGGAGGUAGAAAUACUCCUCCUCGUUAUCGGAGACGUUCACCACCAAUUAAUCGUCGCAGAAGCCCACGGCCACCAAGACGUAGACCAAGAACUCGUUCGCGUAGUCCCCCAAAUAAUCCACGACAUCGGCACCGUCGCUACACGAGAUCAAGCUCUAGCAGUUCUCGAUAGCAACCUUUUUUGUACAUAUAAAACAAGAGCUGAAUUUGACCAAAGUCAGUUCGUUCUGAUUGGUCGUCUUAAUAUAUUAAGCAAAACAAUUUUUACCAAUUCAUUCAUUCGUAUUGACUGGGAAAGUGUAUUAUGCAUUCAAAAAUACACUAUACUUGUCCACAACGGUGUUCAUGACAAUUUACGUUUUCGUCAAUGACUAAAACACCGUCCGUGGUCCGCAAGUUCUGUUUUUGAAAUAUAUCGAUUUCACACGUGAUAAGUAUAUUGCUAUUGAUUGGUACCUGAAGGCCGAUGACCCCGGAUAAAAGAAUGUAUUCUGAGACAUUGUCAUACACGAUAGUAUUAAAUAUAAAACAUGAAGACUUCAGAAGAAAUAUUAUUACUAAAUAUUAUAACAUAAGUACGUAAUAUGUAAGCGUAAUCUCGUAAAGAAAUAUAAAAAGUUUAAACCUUUUUGUCGUAAAGUAUAGUGGCAGUGUGUCUAUUUAUAAACUAGUAAUAUUUUUUCUGAGGUCUUUAUGAACUGUUUAAAUGUUUCAGGCUUGGUAGAAGUACUAGAAACGACAGAUUUGAUAGAAACUAUGAUUAUUAGACCCUUUUACAAAGAAUCAAUUUUAGAAAAAACCUAUUCACACAAAAUCCUCUUUUAUACUCCUCAAUAUCUACAAGAACAGAAUCAUUGCAUCACAUUGCAACCUUGUAUCGAUGAAAAAUAUCUACAAUUUUUAACUUGCAUAUGGUCGUUAAUUAUAUAAUACACAUUUUUUAUGGUGACUUUACAAUAUGAACGAAACAGUUUAAAGAGCCUGAUUAUUUAACAGAAGUAAGUAUAUUUUUGGAGAAUUUUCGAAUGUAGCCUGGUCCAUGGCACGAAUAUUUUAUUUUGUUUUUCUUCUUAAGAGAGAUCUUGAAUUAGCUCUCUGGUAACAUAACUACGUAUAUGGCUGAUAAAUUGAGAGGACGAUGAAACAAGGAUAUAAAACAAUAUUUCUUUUUCAAUUUUGAUAGGUACAAAAUCAGAAGUUGCAAUAUCUCUACAUAGCGUUAAUUGUGUUUUUGAUUAAAGCACUUUGGCACGGACAAACUGCUUUUGUAUCUGUUUACUCACAAAUCCUAUAAUUUUCCUGACAAAUAUAAAUUUUUUUUCAUUUUAUUUUAUUGCAAAAUGUAUUGCAGUAGAUAGAUUAUCUCUGCUUAUAAUUUCUCGAAAAAGAAUUUGAUUUACAAUUUGUGUUUGUUAUUCUCCUUAUAAUUACGACGAAAAAUAACUGCAAUACUUUUAAAUAAUCUUACGUUUUAUACAUAUCACAGGAAGCACCAGAGUGCGAUUCUAAUUUGCAUGCAAAUGAAAAAGGAAAAGCGAGCUUGUGCUGCCAAAAGCCAAAGAUAUCAGUUUUUUUGCCCCCUCGUACGUGUUUUUUAGUAUUAUUCCUACGGUACAAAUUAAUCUCUAUGGAAAAAAAAGAAACAUGUAACUUUUCUUUGUUAUAUUAUAUCGAUUAAAUUAGGGCAACUUGUUUUACGAUCGUAUCUGUACGUCAGUAGUAGAGAUUCGUUUAUACGACGCAAUAAAUAAAUAAUUAAAUAAUUUUUGAGUAGUGGUAGAGAUCCGCUUAAGUUUGCUUUUAACUUGGAUUUCUUUCUUUACGUAGCAUCGUCUCGCAUUCUACAAUAUCUAUAAUAUUACACACGAUACUUUUUUUUGUUAACUAUACGCAUAGUUAUCGUAAUGAUUAAAGUUUAUAUCGCUAUGAACAGUCAGAUCCCCGAAACUUAUACAGAAUCACAUAACGACGUCAUUAUUUGUUUUCCCUCUUUUUGUGACCACAUUAUUUCAAUAAAUGCCUUAGUUUAUUUGCA